GUGCCAACAUCCUAAUGAGAAUUUGAGAUACCCAAACUAUAAAUUACCACCAUACAACCAUCACUCAACACACAAAUUCCAAUCUCAAAGUGCUCAACACCAUUUUCAGCAUCACCUGAGAAUGGUUAACAUUGAGGAGUUCCACAAGGCCCAAAGAGCCGAAGGUCCAGCAACAAUUCUAGCUAUCGCAACCGCAACCCCACCUAACUGUGUUCUUCAAAGCACAUAUCCAGAUUCCUAUUUUAGUGUUACAAAAAGCGAGCACAUGACAGAACUCAAGGAAAAAUUUAGACGCAUGUGUGAUAAAUCCAUGGUCAAAACACGAUACAUGUACUUCACAGAUGAGAUGUUACAGGAGAAACCUAACAUUUGUGCCCACAUGGCACCAUCAUUAGACGAAAGACAAGAUAUUUCAAUCGUGGAAAUACCAAAGCUUGGUGCAGAAGCUGCAACUCACGCCAUCAAAGAAUGGGGCCAACCGAAGUCAAAGAUCACCCACGUCGUGUUUUGCUCAAUAAACGGUGUUGACAUGCCUGGAGCUGAUUACCAGCUCAUAAAGCUCCUUCGCCUUAAUCCUUCGGUAAAACGUGUGAUGUUGUAUCAUCAAGGGUGUUUUGCUGGAGGCACUGUCCUUCGUUUAGCCAAGGACUUAGCUGAGAACAAUAAGGGUGCUCGUGUAUUGGUUGUUUGCUCUGAGAUAGUUGCAGGAACUUACCGAGGACCUGGUGAAGCGCAUCUUGAUGGCCUCGUAGCCAUGGCUUUGUUUGGUGAUGGCGCAGCUGCGGUCAUUGUAGGUGCUGACCCUAUUCCUGAUGUUGAAAAGCCACUUUAUGAAAUCGUUUCUGGAUUCCAAACGAUUCUCCCGCAAAGUGAGGCUGCAAUUGAAGGGCACCUUCGUGAGGUUGGGAUUAUAAUUCAACUACUUAAAGACGUUCCUGGACUUAUAGCAAAACACAUUGAAAAAAGCUUGGUUGAGGCCUUUCAACCCUUGGGAAUUGAAGAUUGGAACUCACUUUUCUGGAUUGCACAUCCAGGUGGCCCUGCGAUCUUGAACCAACUGGAGGAUAAACUAAGCCUUAAGCCUGAGAAACUAAGGGCCUCACGACAGGUUCUCAGUAAAUAUGGAAAUAUGUCAAGUGCUUGUGUCUUGUUUAUACUAGAUGAAAUGCGACGCUCUUCGGCUACAGAUGGGGCUAAAACCACGGGAGAGGGUCUGGAGUGGGGUGUGUUGUUUGGGUUUGGACCCGGUCUCACCGUUGAUACCGUGGUCCUCCAUAGUGUGUCUAUUUGAUAAGCUUAUCGUGGUUUAGUUACGCAUGGAUGUGGGGUAUGGUGUACAAAAAUCUUCUUAGCUUGCAUUAAAUAAUUUACACUGUACCUUUUCAGCUUUUUAUCAUGCCAAUAAAUAAUAGCAAAGAUCUUUUGUGUGUUAUUUCGUUACAACAACACAAUUCCUAGUUAGUGAUAAAAAUAAUUAAAUAAUAUAGUCGCUGUUGAAAAAUAGUCACUAAGGCCGAGUGGUAUACUAAGCACGAGCAUGUUCAUGGUUGAGCUGGUCACGAACAAUGGGCGUACACACUACCCCGUUGUUUCAUGGUGGCUCGUUGUCGUUUAGGCUCGUGUUCGGCACAACGGAAUCGCACGGCCAAUCAAGUUGAAGCCCUCAAUUUGACCGUUACUAUAUCUGUUGAACGGCUAGUUUGUUUAAAAAUAAAUAAAUAAA